AUGUUAUUCGCUGGAUUUAUGAUUGGAAACAUUUACACCGCUGGCCUUGCAAGCAUUAUGACCAUCCCUCAGUACGCGAAAUCAAUCAACACUGCUCAGGAUCUCGCUGCUAGCGGACUUCCUUGGGGUGGUACGGCAAUUGCUUGGAUAUUCGCAAUAUCAACUGCUAGUGAGGCCUACCUUAAAACUAUCGUCAGCAAUUAUCAAGUUGUUGAACCGGAAACCUUGACAAGAUACGCAAAAUUCGGAAACUUUGGAUUCGUUGGUGAACGCACCGAAUUUGGUCACUUUGUCCCGAUCGAUUAUCUGGACGAGGAAUCUUCCCAAAUGCUAAGACUGCUCAAAAGUGAUCUGUCCUGGGAAAACUGCGCGGCAGUUGUUUCGAAAACAAGCCCAAUAAAGCCUCGUCUGAACGAUCUCAUAAUGAACGUCCGCCAGUCUGGAGUUCAGUUCUACUGGGAAUUGAUGGUAAAAUAGUUCUGAAAUGCUUUAAUGUUCAA